AUGGUUUCCACGGGCAGUUAUUUAUGGUUGGUUAUAAUUGGAUUUAUCAUCGCCUUUAUAUUGGCUUUGGGUCUUGGCGCGAAUGAUGUGGCUAACUCAUUUGGUACCUCUGUUGCAUCUAAAGUCCUAACUCUGAGAAAUGCUUGUGUCUUGGCUUCGAUAUGUGAAACUGCUGGGGCUGUUUUGGCUGGAGGAAAAGUAACAGGUUUUUAUAUACCUAAUCUUAUAAUAUGUCACACGUAGAAACGCACAAGUUGUUGCAGGUCUGCAAACAAGUUGUUACAAAUCUGUUCACAAGCUGUCGACAAGUUGUGUUCGCACUGCUUGUUCCCAGUUGUUGUAACACGUUUGGAACAAGCUGUUAACAACUUGUAACAAGCUUGAUGGCAUUAUCAGAUUUGUUACAACUUACAAGGUUGUUCUAAGUUCUAACAAUUGCAAGUCUGAUACAGUCAUGAUUUAAGGUGGCUCGUUAUAGUUAUCACAAAAACCCUGCUCAAGAAUCACGAACAAAACCGGGUGACCAUUUUUACGCGCAGGUCGCGGAAACUGAUUAACGAAAUGAAAGAUCUUCCAAAAUGACUUGACGUGAGCAGUUGCUCGCGCCAUCUCACGUCAUUGCGCGUGUUCUAUAGCGAGCCACCUUAACAAGAAUGUUACAAGGUUGUAUCAAUAUUGUUAUCAUAUUCCAACCUUGUUACUAUAACUGGUAUUCUUCUAAAUACUAUAAAAUUAUUUCCAGAUGCAAUACGCAGCAAAAUAGUUGAUAUUGAUUAUUUUCAAAAUGGCACGGAAAGUGACGUGCUUGUGGGAUCAUUCAGUGCUCUAUGUGGUGGAGCAUUGUGGUUGAUUAUAUCAACAGCAGCAAAGCUUCCCGUGUCGUCCACACAUAGUGUGGUCGGAGCAAUGAUGGGGUUUGGUUUGGUCGCAACUGGAGGCAAGGCCAUUAAUUGGAAGGAAUUUGGAUUAAUAGGUACAGUACAUGUAUAGCUUGUGGAGAGGGGGGGGGGGGGCAGUGCUGUCUAUUGGGAAAUGAAGAGUUGGUUUCAGCUUUUGCAUAGCUGUUUUAACACUUAAAAACGCACAAGUUGUAACAAACCUGCAACAGACUUGUAGGAAUGCUGUUCCAACAACUUGUCAACAGGAUGUGUUCGCACUGCUUGUUUCCAGCUUGUUGACAAGCUGUCAACGGCUUGUUGACAACUUGCUACCGGGUUGUUGAGCUCAACAGACUUAUUACAAGUUGUUCCAACAACUAGUUCCAACAACUUGAAUCGACCUGCAAUUCAUCAAUUUGUCAACAAGUUGUGAGCGACAACUUUGUAGCGACUUGAUAAAAUAACAGCAUUGUUACAACUUGUUGACAAGCUUGCUACAAGCCUGUUGUGAACAAAUAUAAUAACAGCAUUGUUACAACUUGUUGACAAGCUUGCUACUGUCAUGCUACAAGCCUGUUGCGAACACAUCUUGUUGACAAGUUGUGAGUGACAACCUCGUAGCAACUUGAUAAAAUAACAGCAUUGUUACAACUUGUUGACAAGCUUGCUACAAGCCUGUUGCGAACACAUCUUGUUGGCAAGUUGUGAGAUUUAAGCUGUCCUUGAUAAAUUUGCCAAGAAUAAUUUUUACAUAUUUUCUUAUGUAGUGGCAUCAUGGGUUCUAUUUCCUAUUAUGGCUGGAGUUAUCAGCUCGUGUUUUUAUCUGGCUUUGCAAUUUUUUGUUCUCAAAAAGGUAAGUGGGCGCAUGUUUUGGCAGCUUUCAGAACUUAUAGGUGUGGGGAAGAGGGGGGGGGGGGUAAGUAAGGGACUGACCCAACUGCCCCACACAUUAAUUCAAAAUAAUUUGCUGUUCUCUCAUCAGAGUUUUUGUACUAAAUACACGUGUCCACUUAUUUUUCUAGCCUGACUCGUAUAGUGCUGGUUUGACUGCCUUACCAAUCAUCUACUUCAUAGUUAUAUCAAUCAAUCUCUUUGCUGUAUUUUAUAAUGGUUCAGAAAGUAAGUGUCGCAUAAUAAAUAUACAUAUAUAUGCGACAUUUCUCUAUUACGUGUUGUCGUCGCUAAUAUAUGUAACUGCCAUUAUAAUUUUGACGUUGUAGAUUGGAGUUUAAAAAAAACUUUCAUUUCAUUUCAUUUCAGUUCUUCGCUUUAAUACGAUUCCAUUGUAUGGUUGUUUGAUAUUGAGUUUUGGUACGGGACUUCUCGUGGCUCUUGUUACAUACUUCGUGUUUGUUCCUUGCUUGAGGAAGAAAAUUGAUAAAGAAUUUGAACUUGAAACUUUAGAUUCUGAAUUUGUUGAUGACAAGAAUGUACAGAAAGGUAAGCUGUUGUGUGCACAUGCAAAAAUCUCACAUCUUAAUUGUAUAGCAAGUCUGCCAAUAAGCCGUCAACAAGUUGUGUUCGCACUGCAUGUCCCAAGUUGUCUAGUGGAACAAGCUGUUUAACAACUUGUAACAAUCUUGUUGAUAUUAUCAGACUUGUUGCAAGGUUGUUCCAACAAGUCCGAUACAGUCAUGACAUAACAAUACUGUUAUAGCCUUGUGUCGUCAACCUUGUAACAUUCUUGUUAUAUCAUGACUGUACCAGACUUGUUAGAGCAACCUUGUAACAAGUCUGAUAAUGCCAUCAAGCUUGUUACAAUUUGUUAACAGCUUGUUCCAAACUUGUUACAACAACUGGGAACAAGCAGUGCGAAUACAACUUGUCGACAGCUUGUGAACAGAUUUGUAACAACUUGUUUGCAGACCUGUAACAACUUGUGCGUUUUUACGUAUGUGCACGCGUAAAAGUCUCACAAAUUGUCAGCAACAAGUCUGGAUUGAAAAAGUUGUUAUCAUCUUGUAACAAGGUUGAUGAAUACGACAAACUCGCAACAAGUUGUUCCAACAAGUCUGAUAGCGUCUGCACGUAACAAGUUGUUAACAAGUUGAUGACAACAAGCUCGUAGCAAUUUGUUACGAACAGCCUGUAUUAGUCUUGUUGGAACAACGUGGAGCAAGUUGUUACCGUCAAGUCCGUCAGCAACCUUGUAACAAGGUGAUAACAAUCUGUUCCAGACUUGUCAACAACAACUGGGAACAAGCAGUGCGAACACAUCUUGAUGUCGGCUUGACAUUAACAACCUUCAUCCUUUAUAGAUAAUGAAGUUAAGGAGAAAACGAAGUUGCUAGACGAGGCCAACAAUGGCGAUUCAAAAAACAAGAAAUAUAGCGAAGGAAUAAUUAACGAAACUGUAUCAGAUGCAGACGAGGAGAAAUCACCAUCACAACCCAAGCAACAUCAAGUACUUACAGACGAACCAAAGACUGCUAGAUUGUUGGCAUUUGUUCAAAUUUUAACCGCCUCGUUUGCCUCUUUUGCUCAUGGUAGCAAUGAUGUUAGGUUAGUUAAGAUAUGUUUUUCAGGUAGUUUAAACACAAACCACGACAGCUUAUUGUAGAAUACUACCUACACUGGACCACCACGUUUGUGAUAUCUUUUUCAGGUAGUUCAGACACAAACCACGACAUCUUAUUGUAGAAUACUACCCACACUGGACCACCACGUUUGAGAUAUCUGUUUCAAGUUGUUCAGACACAAUUAAACCACGACAGCAGACAGCUUAUUGUAGAAUACUACCUACACUGGACCACCACGUUUGAGAUAUCUUUUCAGGUAGUUCAGACACAAACCACGGCGGCGUAUGGUAAUAGAACUGACUACCUGGCUCCCACGUUUGAGAUAUUACCAAUGAAAUUGUAUAUCUUAAUAUUUCUUCUAUUUUAGCAAUGCUGUUGGACCUCUUGACUCGGUCUGGUUAACAUAUAAACAUGAUUUAAUUGACUCGGACAUAAAUACACCAGCAUGGAUCUUGUUUUAUGGAGGUGUUGGUAUAUCUGUUGGGCUUUGGAUCUGGGGAAGGAGAGUGAUAGAAACCGUAGGACAAGAUCUGUCUUCCAUUACACCGUCAAGGUAAGAAGAGAAGCACUACACAAUCCGGCGAACGUCAGAGCAAACGUCUUUCUCCUCUGAGAGCGUGCGUUCGAUUCCCGCUACGGACUUAUGAUACUUUGUGAAGAGUCCGUCAACGCUAUACCGAAAAUCGUAACUAGUUUUCUCUGAGAUAAGCACCCAAACUUCCACUACAAUUACCGUGACCUCGAUCUCACAGGCCUAAUACGAAUUUGAUUGGUUAAUUGGGUAGAAUAAAUCCAUCUAAUUGGUUGUAAUGUAGCUGUUGUGGAAGUAAAAAUCUGAACUGCGAAUUAUCGCACCCAGGGGCCGCAGAACCUGAGGCAUUGGGGGCAUUCCCCCCCCCCCCCCCCACAAGUGAAAAACGUGCCCUUUCUUCUGGGCUAAAGUGCCCCAUUUAAAGAACAAAAAAAGGAUUUCUUGAAUGAACGCCUUCUUUUGCUGGAAAGAAAGUGCCCUUUUUUUGCAGUAGUAAAGACUCUGUAAAGGCCAUUUCCGACGUUAUAUAGACUCCAUAUUUUCAAAAAGUUUCGUUCGGCUCGUGAACGACAUAAAAUCAUUUGAUUUUGAUCAUUUACAAAAGUGCCCAUUUUGGCUAUUAAAUGCCCCUCCACUUUCGAAAUGCUUCCGCGGCCUCUGAUCGUAUACUCUGAGAAAUCUAACCCACAACACAGCUAAUAUUGCACCUAUAUUUUAGGAAUUAACAUUUGUUGUAUUUUUAGUGGUUUAAUAAUUCAAUUUGGCAGCGUGUGUACAGUGCUGGUAGCUUCAAACCUCGGGAUUCCAAUAAGCACGACUCAUUGUCUGGUCGCAGCUGUCGUUUUAGUAGAUUUUGUGAGAUCCAAUCAUGUUACAGAAUGGAAAGUAUUUUUCAAUAUUCUCAUUGCUUGGCUGGUUACUGUACCCGUCUCAGGUAAUAUUGGAAGUGCGGUAAAAGGGAGUGGGGGGUCGGAGGGGGGGUUGAGAUUUUGUUUGGCCCUGUCAGUUGCUUUUCUUAUAUUAAUUAACAAUGUUUGUUUACUGUUUUUAAUACAGGUCUGUUGUCUGCUGGGAUAUAUGCAUUGUUGCGUUAUGCAAUUUGAGUGUCCACGACCGGAUACGGUGAACAGCUGUGAAGAGAGAGUUAGAGUUGCCACCAUUGGUUCAUUUUCGUAAUUAUUGAAUCGUUAUCAACGUACAAUCGAUUAAUAUCGAUUCAUCGCAUUGUAUAAAUUACGUCAACUGUGCUGAAUGUCGCUUCCAAGAAAGGGGGCAUCGGUUUUAAACGAGUCAUUUGAAUGGCUUAGUGUCAGGAAAUUUUCCACAAAUGUAAUUGAGGCUGAUUGGAGAAGAGUCGAUUAUAAUGACCUAUUAUAAUUACUAUGUAAUUACACAUACGGACGCAGUAAAUGGCUUGUGAAACGUCAUGAUGAGAGCAUUCUUAUUCUUCAACAGUUUAAAAUAAAUGAAUGAUAUUUGGUGAGAAAAUUGAACUUAAAGUUUAUGUAAAUCAGCAUGAUUUUGUAUCAGAUAUACAAUGAUACGAACUCCUUCAGGGUCAUGAUUUCGUUUGUGUUUUCGUCAUGAGUUUCACAAUAUAAUUUAAAUAUGUGUAUAGCGUCUGCAAAAGACGCAAGUUAAAUCAAACUGUUGCCGUUGCGUCAUGGAAAUAAAGUAAGAUCAGUCGGUAAUAAUUUUCGUGAAAAAAUUUAAAGGCAGGAAGACUUCCAAUUCAAAGAAAAAAAGCAGAUAUUGGCAAUGGAUUUGAAUAUUGAAUAUCUAUAAUUCUUAGGAUUGGCGUGCAAUUUUGAGAUAAAAUUGCAGCCUAUAAAAUUAUAGUCAAUGAAAUUGAUUUUUUGUCGGUUAAAACUGCUCUCAGAAUGCAGGAAAUAGCGCUUCAGAGCCUUUAAUAGAAGACUGAUCACUAUUUUUUUUUUGGGGGGGGGGACAAUGCCACCACAGCCCUCUAUAGGUUUCUUGCACCUCGACACGGUAAAUAGGGUCCUGAACACUACCCUGGCCCAGAGGUUUUUUUAGGUCAGGCGAAAAUAAAUACCCUCUGGCUCCAGGGUAUCCGUGCAUGUGACCAACAAACUUUGUCAAGGGAAACUUGUCAAGGAAAACUUAUUGACCGUACAUACGAGAAGGUAAACUUGUCAAGGAAAUCAACAACGCCCUGUAACCCUUAUGUAACCCUGCUGUAACUUGCGAUGUAACAUUUGUGACGUAAUCACGUUGCGCAACAACAACUCGUUCCCAUGCUCUUCUGUGGACGCGCAGUUUUAAAAUUCACGAAGACCAAAAAAGUUGUAGAAGUCUGAAUUUCAACUUUGAACUGUCUUCAAAAAAUAAAAUAUUUCCAAGUAAAUUUUAACUUUAAGAGAAGAUAUGCUGGCUUCAUUUAGAGCAGCAACUGGUCUUUCAAAAUUCACGGUAAACUGUGCUUGUUUUGUUUUGCUUGAGUUAUAAUGUAAUACUUUUAAUAUAUAGUCUUGUAUUAUUUAAUAUAUCAAUCGACAUUUUAUUUCUUUACACGUGUUUCUGCUAUAGUUUGGUGCAAGAAAUAGCUUUAGGAACUCUCUUCCAAGCGUUAGCAGAGGAAUUCAUUAUGGUUUUAGUGGAGUUUGGUCAAAUAAUACAGCAAAAUCGGAGGUAGGGGAAAGCUUUAUGCAGUUCGUGAGGUCGUGCACGAUCAUAAUAACACUUGUUUUUUUUAUCAAAAAAUAUGUAGUAAAGAUGUGUCAUAAUUGUAUAAUUUUAUAUUUGGGCCUGUUAAAGAUGCAGUUUUAUACAGUUGCAACAUUGAUCGAAGGUGUGCUUAUUUGAAGUAGGUGGGUGAGAUUGGGGUUGGGUGGGGUGGGGGUUGGCCAUUGGGUGGGGGUAGGGGGAACAGAUUUGCUAUAUACGGGAUGUGCUGUGUUAUUUUAUGCACCUGUCAAUGUUAUGCCUGAAAGAAAGGGAAUGGGCAGACCCAGGGGGAUUUGACAUUUUUGAUUCAGUGAGCAUCACAUUUUCCCAUGCCUCACAAGACUUUCAUCUUGUGGGAGGCGGCAAAAGGCCCCUCUUUCGUGAGCCACUACUAAAGAACUUAAGCAAGUGACAUUUUUGACGACACGGACGCUAACUACCAGGUGAUCUCGUGUUCGUACUUUAGACAAUCAGCGCUCAGAAAGGGUUGUCCGAAUAGAAAUCCAUUUUGAUGUAUUCAAUCAAUUAUAUCUUUCAUUAUUCUUUAUGAAACUAGUUGAAAUUUUGUAAUUAUGUUUGGUUAUGAGAACUAUAGCUCUGACAAAAAUAUGGAAUCGAAAUAAAGUAUAUUACAGGAGAUAUUCAGUUGUUUUAAUCAUAAAAUGGAUUUCUAUUUGACAACUAGUGCCAGUACUUUUCCGCGUAUCAAGAUCACCUGGUAGAAGUCAAUCGAGCCGUUAUAGAUGGCAAGUGAUAGCGACAGCCAUUCUUGUUUGAAAUCAAGAACUCAAUGCAUUUCUACAUUUGUGAUUUCAAACGACUAUUGCCAUCACCAGCCAAUCACAAACCAGUCUUUGUAAUUCACCUUGACACUUGACAAUUGCCACAGCAGGGAUUUCCUCUGGGGGGAGCAUGGAUCUUUUCUGGAACAAACCAAUGUUGUUACCUGCCUCGGCGAAAAAAUCCCCAAUGAUGCAGAGGGAAAAAUGGGCCAAUUAUGAGGGUUGCAAACUCUAUCUUUCCCCUUUCUUUCAGUUUUCAAAAGAGUACCCAGUGAUAGAUCACUCGUACGACUGUAUUGUUGUCGGUGCUGGUGGCGCUGGACUUAGAGCUGCAUUUGGUUUGGCAAAUGGAGGAUUUAAGACUGCUUGUAUUACAAAACUGUUUCCUACCAGAUCACACACUGUUGCUGCUCAGGUAAAUAUUACACAUUACACUGUGAUGAAACUUUUGAAGUAUGAAGUGUCAACUAUUUCUUGACUGACUCUUCACCCCAGGGAAAAAUUUCUUUCUGUGACAUACAAUGUGACAGAUUAGGGUGCAAUUAUUGAAGCUUGAUAAUCUGUAAUUAACAAGAAACAUAUAGAGAUAUUACUGUAUAGUAGUUGAACAAUAAAACCUUCAUUGUCCCUUGACAAACAAUUACCAUAAGUCCCCAUCUGUGACCCCCUAGCCUGUGUCGCAGACUUCAAAAUACAUGUUUUAGCGGUGCAGGCUACCACCCUCAAUGAUUUAGCAUUCUGUAUAUUUAGGGUGGAGUAAAUGCUGCAUUAGGCAAUAUGGAGCCAGAUGACUGGAAAUGGCAUAUGUAAGUUUGCUACUAACAUAAAAUGGGUCAAUUUCUUCCAGGACACAGGGUGUAUCACCCCCUGAAAAUUAAAUUCAGUGUUUUAUGAUUGACGGUUACCGUACCAUAUUUUCUCCAAAUUAAGGUAUGAUACAGUGAAAGGCAGUGAUUGGUUGGGAGAUCAAGAUGCCAUUCAUUAUAUGACCAAAGAAGCACCUGAAGCUGUCAUUGAGGUACUGUUCAUUUAUGUCGUGCAUAUGAUGAAAGGGAAUCACAACGCAUAUUAAAAUAGUUGAGAAAACAAAAAAAUAUAACGUUGGGAAAAACAAAAUGUUUUUAAUUAACAGAUGUCUGGAAAAAAUUACCAUUGGCAAGGCACGAUAACCUUUCACGUUUCUCAUCUUAGGAUAGAAGUUUUGUAAAACUAAAAGAGCCUGAUCAUUGAGUUGCUUCUGAAUAUUUUUGCAGCUUGAAAACUAUGGAAUGCCAUUCAGUCGUACAGAUGAUGGUAAGAUCUACCAACGUGCAUUUGGUGGUCAGAGUUAUGAUUAUGGUAAAGGUGGUCAAGCGCACAGGUGUUGCUGUGUGGCAGAUAGAACUGGGCAUUCUCUCUUGCACACAUUAUAUGGUCAGGUAAAAUAGUAAAGUCGGGUGUGUUUGGGGCGCAAUGCGAUUCGAUGGAUUAAUUGAUAAUGUAUCAUUUUCUAUAUUAGUCUCUGAGGUACGACACUGAUUAUUUUGUGGAAUAUUUUGCAUUGGAUCUAUUGAUGGAACAAGGUCGCUGUGCCGGGGUUAUUGCGCUGUGUUUGGAAGACGGAUCCUUGCACAGAUUUAAUGCCAAGAACACAGUUAUUGCUACUGG